AUGAACAGCUGGGAGAAAGCACAAGAGGAAACACUGCACAUUUUCUUCUGCAGCAAACUGGGAAUGAAACCAGAGAAGCUAGAAGGGAAAUGUGCAGCUGCGAAGGAGAAGGAGGUUUAUUAUGGUUAUUGUAUUUUAAACACGCCUAUUACACAAAGCUCAAAAACAGCGAGCAAGCAACAGUUCUGGAAACUGUGCAUCACCUCUUGUCACAGGCGGCAGCCAGCAGGCGCUGCGCACAAACAAACGCCCGCCACUCCGCCCGCCCCGAAACGCGGAGAGCCCCGCGGCGCGGCGCCGACGGACGGGCGGGGAGAGGAGAGCCCAUGCCGGCAGCGGGUGCCGUGGGCGGCGACGCGGCGCUUUGUCUCGCACCGCAAACGCCGCGGCCGGCCCCGCGAAGCGCAGACCGUUACCGGGCUCCGAGACCCCGCCGCGGCCGGCCGCGGGGCGAGGGGCAGGAGCCGCCUCGGCGGCCGGGGGGCUCCCGCCGCCGCGUCCGCGUUUCAACGGCCGCCACGGCGUUCCAUUUUCCCUCGGCGCACCCCGCGGGCAGAGCGCCGCACCGCGGGCGGGAGGAGCCCGCCGGGAGCUGCCCCGCGGCCCCGCCAAGUUUGCACCGCGCCCCCCACGUGGCCGCUCUCGCCCCGCGCGCCUUUAAACUCCCCGAGUGCGGGCGGGCGGGGCGGCGCCGGGCACACGCAUCGCGAGGGGCCGCUGCACCUGCUGCCCGCCGCACCCCCUCCCCCCAAUCCUGGCCCGAGCGACAACUUGUGCCCCGUUCCAACGAGGGCGAUUUUUACGCUGUCGAAGCGUUUUUUUCGCCUCCGAGUCCCAACCGGCGCUCGGCGCAGCGACCUUCGGCACCCAACUGCUCUCCCGCCGCCUCCGGAGCGACAAAAAAACCCAUCAAAUAUGGCUGUGCUGGCGGCUCCCCGGCGGGCGCUGCGGCGGCGCGGGGCGGCGGCACGGUUACCUGCUGGUGGCGGGGCGGCGGCGGGCGGCGCGGCCGGGCUCCCCCUGCGCGGAGGGCGCGGGGCCGCCGCAUGA